AUGGCUGUGACGUCCCCACUGUCCUGCAAAUUCCUCUAUGACUUCUCCCUCUGGUACCUCCUGGAAGACGACCCCAUUGCCACCUCCAUUGGCGAGAUCCUCACGCAGCAAGGUUUCCGCGGUUAUAUCGAGCAUCAGGAUCAAGUGGCGGGGAGGUCCGUCGUCGCUUCGGUAGCCGAGGUCGUCGAGACCAGCCGAGUGGCCAUCGUCCUCCUGACGGCCCGCUCGGUAGCCGACCCUUGGUGCCAGCGUGUGGCGGAGUGGAACCUUCUUCGCACGAUACAGCAGGAGGGAACCAAAGUAAUCCCAGUUUACGUGGACGUCGGCCGUGACGACGUGCCCUUGGCUUUAAGACACCUGAGCGGACUCGAAUACCGCAGCGGCUUCUUCCGAGAGAGGCUUCUGCAGAGCUUGCAGAAGGCUAGGCCACGGACGAGGGCCCAACGUCCCGCCGCUGUCACCAACGCUAAAAGCAGAGCUUUCCCAGAGAACUUCAGCGACUGCAAACAGAAGAAGAAGGGGCUAGUGAAAAAGGUUCAGCCACAGCCAGGCACAGGGGACAAGCUACUGGGCUCCUCGCCCGAGGACCCACAACCUCACCCGCGAGUGGAUGUUCUUGAGCUGGGGAGAACCAUCGGGCUGAACUGGGACGAGCGCGUGCUGAAGACGCACGCCUUGCUGGAGACCUGCCGGCGCCUGGCUGCCCACUUCGCGAGCAGCUUAACGUCUGCUUGCCAGCUGCACGAGAGGCAGGGGGCCAAGCACAUGCUCCUCUUGGGCCAGCUGAAACUCCACCUGCGCGACGAUCGCAUGUCUGGUGGAGCAGAAGGCUGCCGACUGGGACCUAAGAAGAUGGUUCUAACAGAGGCGCCGUCCCUGACAGGGCAGCCAGGGGCCGGCCAAGGGAAGAAGAUAGGACACCGGGGAGUGGACGCCUCUGGGGAGACGACCUACAAGAAGACCACUUCGUCCACGCUCAAAGGGGCCAUCCAGCUCGGCAUUGGCUACACCGUGGGGAACUUGAGUUCCAAGCCGGAAAGAGAUGUCCUGAUGCAGGAUUUUUACGUCGUGGAGAGCAUUUUCUUUCCCAGCGAAGGCAGCAACCUCACGCCUGCCCAUCACUACCCCGACUUCCGGUUCAAAACCUAUGCACCCGUGGCUUUUCGAUAUUUCCGGGAACUAUUCGGCAUUCGCCCAGACGAUUAUUUGUAUUCCUUGUGCAACGAACCCCUGAUCGAGCUGUCCAACCCUGGGGCCAGCGGCUCCCUCUUCUACGUCACAAGCGACGACGAGUUCAUAAUCAAAACCGUGAUGCAUAAAGAGGCAGAGUUCCUCCAGAAGCUUCUCCCAGGAUACUACAUGAACUUGAACCAGAAUCCGCGGACGCUGCUUCCCAAGUUCUACGGCCUCUAUUGUGUCCAGUCCGGCGGCAAGAACAUCCGGGUCGUGGUCAUGAACAACAUCCUGCCCCGGGUGGUGAAGAUGCAUCUGAAGUAUGACCUGAAGGGCUCCACCUACAAGCGCCGGGCAUCCAAGAAGGAGAAGGAGAAGUCCAGCCCCACCUACAAGGACCUGGAUUUCAUGCAGGACAUGCCGGAAGGCAUCAUGCUGGAUACAGACACCUUCAGUGCUGUGGUGAAAACCCUGCAGAGGGACUGUCUGGUGCUUGAAAGCUUCAAAAUCAUGGACUACAGCCUCCUGCUGGGGGUCCAUAACAUCGACCAGCAGGAACGGGAACGACAGGCCGACGGAGCCCAGAGCGUCUCUGACGAGAAGCGGCCCGUGGGCCAGAAGGCGCUGUACUCCACGGCCAUGGAGUCUAUCCAGGGUGGGGCUGCCCGGGGAGAGUCCAUCGAGACAGACGACACGAUGGGUGGCAUUCCAGCUGUGAAUGGCAAAGGGGAGCGCUUGCUGCUGCACGUGGGCAUCAUAGACAUUCUCCAGUCCUACAGAUUCAUCAAGAAGCUGGAACAUACGUGGAAGGCUCUGGUUCACGACGGGGACACGGUGUCGGUUCACAGGCCGAGUUUCUACGCCGAGAGGUUCUUCAAGUUCAUGACGAACACGGUGUUCAGGAAGAGUUCCUCUCUGAAAUCAUCCCCCUCCAAGAAAGGACGAGGCGCCUUGUUAGCCAUCAAGUCGCCCGGCCCGAUGGCAGCGUUCUCAGCCAGCCAGAUCCCCUUGGAGAAGGACGAGGCCCAGUAUGACCUCCGCGGGGCCAGGAGUUACCCAACGCUGGAGGAUGAAGGCCGGCCAGACCUGCUUCCUUGCACCCCUCCGUCCUUCGAAGAAGCCACCACCGCCUCCAUAGCCACGACACUCUCGUCAACGUCUCUUUCUGUCCCCGAGCGGUCUCCUUCCGAGUCCUCGGAGCAACCCAGGUAUAGGCGGCGUACGCAGUCCUCGGGGCAGGAUGGAAGGUCCCGUGAAGAGGUCCGGAUCGAAGACGAUCUCCAACAGAUCACGGUGGAACUCAAGCCCAAGUGCGACAUCGAGAUUGUGGUCCCGGAUGCAGCUGAUGUGGGGUCAGAGGCCGAUGCUGUCGCAGGGCAAGCAGCCUUGCUGGCGUGUGCCCCGGUGCUGACGGCGGCUUCCAUCGAGGUGGAGACGGCCAGCCAAGCCUCCGAGCCGGCCAGCCAGGCCUCAGAUGAGGAGGAGCUCCCAGUCCCAGAUAUCUAUUUUGCAGAAACGGGUGCAGAGGAGGAAGUCUAGGGAGGCUGAGCGGGGGCUUCACAGAUGGCAAGUACUGGAUUUACUCUCCCC